GCCCGGGCCCCAUGCUCCACUCACCUUAUCUGUUCGCGGGGUUCGGGUCAGCCACUCAUCCACCCACGCUCCCCAGUACAUUACUGGUACUUGCACACCGACCCAGUCACCGGCCCCAGCGCUAGUCCAUCCAGGUAUGUCGGGUAUUGAUCCUCCAGCUAGGCCGCUUCCAUCCCAGGCACAACGCGGUACUUGGAGGGGUGGUACCUUCCCAAAGAGGUGGAAUGCAGGCAGCAUUGGACAAAGGCGGAUGCCCGGGGGGCCUGCAGCUUGGGCCUGACAAGCGUGGGACGCGGGAUGUCUGUUUCUGUCCUGGCAGAUCCGUCGGUCGCUACGACCUCCGACCUUCCUCGCACCGCCCGCCGUCAUCUGCCUGUUGCAUCAUCACUGAAGUGUCAUACCGAUAACCGUCCCGUUCUGCCUUCGCAUCACGAGCAUCCCUUCUCCGCGCAUAGUAUCUUGUCGUCUGCCCAUUCGUAUCUGCAUUCCCUUUCUUUGCCCUUUUUCUCCUGUCAUAGACUUGUGUUUGCUUGCAUCCAAAACACCAGAUCCCCGACGGGCAGUGCCUCCUUGGAAUUCCACUCCUUUGUUGCUUCCCGCCCCCCCCGAGAUAGGGACUGAAUACCCACCCACCCGUAAUACGCGCCAUUUCCCGCGCCCGGCUGUUUCCUCCCACCUCGGCCCCUCUCUCACUCUCGAGUACGUCGCGAAACGAAACCAACGGGAACUUGAUCGUCCAGCGACUUGUCGAUAUACACCCCAGCCCGCCGUUUGCCGGGCCUCGAACCAUAUCCCUGCACACUUCGGCCGCCUUGUCGCCGCGGUGACUCUUCCCCGACUGCCUAGCCCCUCCACCUCCCUCGACUGCCCCGGACUCGCCUGAAAGCGCACUCCGUCUGUGCAAGUCCCGGAACCGAACCCGGCGGCUAGGUGCAGGAGACUGCCCUUGGCCAGCUCUGCCAGGCAAAGGCGACUAUAUGCCUAAAAAGUCGAAGAAAGAUGUCAAAGAGAGCGGUGCAAUCGCCGCCGCGGUGUCAAGGCAUGCUGCUGGCCAGUUCUCUGGCCUCAGCGUACCCAGAGGCUUUUCCUCAGACUCUUCGUCCUCCUCAGUGCAGUCGCCAGAGAUGAAGCCUGUCGCGACUCCGUCGUCAAAUGGCAACCCGACCUCGCCCAUCCUGGACGCCAUCACGAGCGCUUCAUUCGGGACAAACAUCACCGCUCCGAGCGUGGCCAACGAGUGGAUGGCUUCGAGGGGCACGCCUGGAAUGGCGGGCUCGCCGGGGAAUCUCAUAAGCCUCAUGGGCGAGUCGCCGCCUACUCAGCCGUCGUCCUACGAGGAUCCGCGGUCAAUGCCCUAUGGAUGGGCGUCUCCGCGACCGUAUAUGAACAGCCAGCGUCCAUCGCCAUCUCCUCCGUCAUCGGUGGGCCGACGGCCGCUGAGCUAUCAUAUGGAUGCUCAGUACCAGUCAUCCGACCCCCACGCAAAGCCGGCUUCUGCAGCUGUUCGCAGAAGCUCUCUGCACUCUCACUACGCCCAGUCUCGCGGCAGCCCCAACCCUCCUUUGCCACACGAGCCGCAGCCGCACUUCUACGGCGUUCCAGACCUAGGAUUCGAUAUCCUGCCGCAGGGCCUGAAGGCCGGCGAUCGAGGUUUCCACUUUGCAUUUGACAAGAUUCCAAGUGCGGGGCUGGAUCGCACCCCCGGCAAGGAUAAUGUCAUUGUCGCUGGGUAUGAGGGCGGCCUGGAAGUAUUCUCGGUUGGCAAGCGUGGUCUGGAGCCGCUCGUCGGUUUGAAUGGCCUGCGGGGCGGCGUUCAUCACGCUGCAAUCUUGCCCUGGACGUCCUAUGGCGACAACCGUGACGUCUUUCCGCUUGUAGCGGUCGUCGUGCAUGGGCCGGUGCUGCAGCCCCCUGCUCCGGACGCAAGCCCCGAGACCACGGACGAGGCGACUUCCGACGAACGCCACCAACCCACAGCGAAGGGCGGCAGCGCCACCGUCGAGUUUUACCAAACCUCGGUGGAAGUAUACUCGCUGAGAUCCAGUAGGUGGGUGGCUACACUGCUCGAAGCACCCAAGGUCCCUGUCAGCACCCCCAUCACAAGCGCCACCUUCAGGCCGCCACCGCCGUCAGGGGCCUUCCAGAUCAAGGCAGAUGGGGGUACCAUCGUCGUUUCGUCUGGCGUGACCGGGGAGUGCUGGGUCUACCGGCAAACCUUUGCGGGGCCGCAGGAGGGAGGCAUCGCUUUCAAAUGUGCUGGCAAGCUUUGGACCGCUCUCCAGCAGCCAGUGAAAGGUGACACUCAGCAGGAGGCGGAGAGAAAUCGAGUGUCGACGCUGAGACCAAACGCCAGAUCUCCCAUAAUUUCGCUACGGGGUCGAUGGAUCGCCUACUGCCCCGCGGCACCUUCGUCGCAUAUAUCUUUGCGGGCUGCUGUGACAGUUCCUCUGCAUGGAAAGGCCCCGGGUGUGGCAACAGUAACCCCUCCACCGCUGCCUUCAGUCUCUUCCGAGAUCGACCUGCCCAUAUCCGAUAGCUUGGUAAACAAGAUUAUGCGGGAUGCGACGCAGGAAUUCAUCCAGGGCGCCAAAUGGGUCGGUCAGCAGGGCUGGCAGGCCUUCAAUACCUACUGGAACGGCCCGACUAACUCGCGGGUCGCGGCCCGCUCGCCCCCUCUCGGCUCGCAGCCGUGGGUGAGCGGCGGCUACGGAAAUCGCCAGGAGGCAUCUCAGUUUCCACCCACCCACGGCGCCAUGACCCCGGUUGUCUCGAAAGAGCCCGGUAUUGUCUCCAUUGUGGACGCUGGGACGCUGGGCCUCUCGACGGCGCUUCAUCCCAUCGCCUCUUUCUCUCCUCCCUUCGGAUGUAGCUUCCUGAGCUUCAAUCCGAGCGGGCUCGCGCUAUUCACGGCAAGCAGCAAGGGAGAUGUGCAGACGGUGUGGGAUCUGAUGCGCAUCCAAUACGCUAAGAGCUCCCCGCUGCAGGCGUCGGCGGUGGUGGCUGUCCAAAACGGCUCGAGGGUGCGACAGGUUGCUCAGUUCUCACGGCUAACCGUGGCACGUAUUGUCGACGUCUCGUGGACAAAGCCUCAUGGGGAACGUGCGGCCAUGAUCACGGAACGGGGCACUGUGCAUCUCCUGGACAUGCCGUCGAGCGCAUUUACUUGGCCACCCCCGCGCCGGCGGGUGCCACCGCAGGAUCCGGCUGUGUCCCCGUCUGAGGCAAAGCAUCCGGCUGUCUCCAUGGCGUCCUCGGCCUUCACCACGGCUCUGGGCGUGGCUCGUCCCUUGAUGGCCCGGCCCCGAAGGAGCAGCAGCAAUGUUCCUCAGUUGACCAGCUCGAGCAUUGUUGAUCAUGCCAGCCACGGCGGGAAGGCUAUUGUUGCCACUAUCAGUCACUCUCUUGGGAAGACGGGCAGCGCGAUCAACCAGCUCCGACACACCGGCGAGAACCGGGCCUCCUUGCCCCUGACGAUUCUUCCACCGGCCGGGGCUUGUGCUGCUUGGAUAGCUGGGCGGAGGAACCAUCAGCUUCAUGUUCUCGGUGAUGGACUGGUGCGGGCGUUUCCAAACCGCACACGAAAGAAGCCGUCAGUAUCGGAUCGGAGCCGCACACCAUGGUUAACACGGUACAGAGACUACAAGGUUCCCGGCUUACCAGAGGACACGAUCGCAGAUGCUGUCAAGCGCUUUCUCGAUCUCGAUGGCUAUCUCAACCUGACGGAACGGACCAUGGACACCAACAAUAACACGAUGAUUCUUGAUACUAGGCGCCGGGCGCCACAGCACGACGCCAGUGCCGAGUCGGCGAUUCCACAAGCCGAGAUCGAGUCCAGCGCUCCGUACCAGCCAUUCCAUACCGACAGGCGGGUCGCCCUUUACAAUUACUCCGAGCUCAAAGGCACUCAUGAGUCAACAGAGGACCGACUGUCUGCCUUUCUGGCGAAUGCCAUCCUCGAAGAGACGCCGGCUGCGCCAUCGUCUUCAAGGAAGAAGCACAGGCACCCUCGAGCCAAGACGGGCAAGACGAGGGCGGCCAGCGAUGGUGGCUGGGUGUUCGGUCAGGUGCUGGACACGGUCAGGCUCGAGACGGGUCACCUGCAAGUUUCGGACGGAGAGUCGUUCAACACCAGCUCCAACGGGACUAGGGCUCUGCCUCCGUCGGCUAUCGAGAGGGUGUUGCAGCACGUGGGCGAGAACGAUGAGCAGAUUGUUAUCACGACUCGGCGCCGGAGAGGAGGUGGUAACCGGGCGGCUGAUGAUGAUGACGACGGUUUCUUCGAAGAUGACUGUGAGGUGCUUGAUUUUGCUGAUCAGAGAGUUUAGACUCUGAUGUGGCGACACUGCACAUGUCAGGCCUGUCUCGACGGCCUUCCCUCCUCCCCACUCUGGGUUUCCUUCAUUCCUUCAUUCCUUCCUUUGCUCUUUUUCUUCUGCCACGCCACCAAAGCAUGAGGAUAACCGGACGGUCUCAAGUUGAAUUGAUUGUCAGAGCAAGUUGCGAGGAUACAUGUUUGGGGGUACUCCAUGCUUUUUGCGUGUUACAUUUAGUUGGAGACGUGCUCUCCGCCACGUUCGCUUCUUGCAUUCGCCUUCAGCCCUUUGCGCAGUAGCUGGAGACUGGGAAAGUGUCUGAGCUUGCUGCAAGAGCGACUGUCGCAGUCCCAUAGGUAGAGGGUUGGGGGUACUCGGUCAGUAGGUAGCUAGCAGCCAGCGCAAGAACAGGCCAAAUAAUAUGCCUACUGCAAGAUACAGGUCUCAACACCCGUGUCAAACCGGCAAGGAGAUGGUCUAAGUAAACUCCAUUCUCCAGAGUCUUUCAAUGGUCCACAGGAUGCGUGUCUGAUGUCAAACGAGGUACCGAUCAAUGAUACCACA